CGGGCCCUCAGCGCCAGGCCGUACAGCUGGCAGAGGGGGCAGUUUCGCUCUCUGACCAGCCGCUGCCUUUUUCACGGGCUAAUUUUAACUUCAUUGGUUAAAUUGUGCUGCUGCACGAAUUCUUCUACCUGUACAGAGAACUGUAGAGACAAGCAGCUGAUGAUGGAGAAAACGGUGUCUCAGAGGAUUUCAGUGUGCCAAGUGGUGUUUUAUUUGCCAUGCAAAGACAUAAGCCAUCUAGAAGCCUUUUCCACAUCAGUGCUUUAUAACCCAGGCUCCAUAAAUUUGGGAACAUAGGAGAAGAAUCUGGAAAUGCUGGUGAAUCGCUUCUCUUGGAUCUGAAGGUACUAGUUCUGCUGAUGCAAAGGUGGCAGCUCAGGUUCCCAGGGAAGAGUCAGAGCUCUGCUCCACCAGCGGUGCAGAGUCCUUGGAGUGAAGAGACUAUGUAUUGAUAUUGCUCUUAAACAGACAGGAAAUAAGCCAUUCUUCUUGCUCCUCAGGGCUUUCUAUCCUACACUGUGCCUUAAACAUGGAAACUGUAGAAAUGAAUAGUGUAUCCUUGAAACGUCCUCACUCUGAGGAUGAUGUGACUAAUGCAGAUGAAAUUAAAAGACAGAAGAUCUCAGAGAAGUCUGAGACAGGGAACGACUCUGGGCAGAGCGUUGAGACUGUAACAGGACAACCUGACAAAUCUCUGCUUGAGGACACGAAAAAUGAAAUAAUCCCCAAUGAGGAAAGUGAGGAGCAGGAAGAUGAGGAACUAGAGGACAGUGACGAAGAUGGAGAUCCAGAGAGCUUUGCAGACAUGAUGAAGCAUGGACUGACAGAAAGUGACGUUGGCAUAACUAAAUUUGUUAGCUCUCAUAAAGGGUUUUCUGGAAUCUUAAAAGAGAGAUAUUCGGACUUUGUUGUCCAUGAAAUAGGCAAAGAUGGACGUGUGAGCCAUUUAGAUGACUUUUCUGUUCCAGUGGAUGAUGAGGUAAAUUUUGAGGACCCAUCAGAAGAAACAUUUACAGUUUUGUCAGAUGAAGACAAGCAGCGUUUAGAGGAGCUCCAGCUUCUUAAGAAUAAGGAAACUAGUGUGGCCAUAGAGGUAAUUGAAGACACCAAAGAAAAAAGAACAGUUAUCCAUCAGGCUGUGAAGUCCUUGUUUCCUGGACUGGAGACUAAAACAGAAGAUCGAGAUGGAAAAAAAUACAUUAUUGCUUAUCAUGCUGCUGGGAAAAAAGCACUGGCAAAGGUCAGAACUGCAACAGAUCCAAGAAAACACUCUUGGCCAAAAUCUAGGGGAAGCUACUGCCACUUUGUACUGUACAAGGAGAACAAGGAUACUAUGGAUGCCAUUAAUGUCCUAUCCAAAUUUUUAAGAGUGAAGCCAAACAUAUUUUCCUACAUGGGAACUAAAGAUAAAAGGGCUAUAACAGUUCAAGAGAUUGCUGUUCUUAGCUGGAAUCCUAUUUUCUUUCUCACUGAACACUCUGAACAGCUCCAGAGAAGGCUAACCACUGUCUUUGCUCAUCUAAUCACUGCACAAAGACUUGCUCAUUUGAAUAAAUGUUUGAUGAACUUCAAAUUAGGAAAUUUCAGUUACAAGAACCAUCCACUGAAAUUAGGAGAACUGCAAGGGAACCAUUUCACUGUUGUUCUCAGAAACAUAACAGGAACUGAUGACCAGAUAGAGCAAGCAAUGCACUCUCUCAGGGAAAUUGGAUUCAUUAAUUACUAUGGAAUGCAAAGAUUUGGAACCACAGCUGUUCCUACAUAUCAAAUUGGCAGAGCUAUUCUACAGAACAGUUGGAAUGAAGUAAUGGAUUUGAUAUUAAAACCACGACCAGGAGCUGAAAAGGGAUACUUGGUAAAAUGCAGAGAAGAAUGGGCAAAGACUAAAGAUCCAGCAGCAGCCCUCAAGAAACUACCCGUAAAAAGGUGCGUGGAAGGACAGCUUCUACGUGGACUCUUAAAGUAUGGAAUGAAGAACAUAAUCUCUGCAUUUGGCAUAAUACCAAGAAAUAAUCGUUUAAUGUAUAUUCAUAGCUACCAGAGUUAUGUGUGGAAUAAUAUGGUGAGCAAGAGAAUAGAAGAAUACGGGCUUAGAGCUGUACCGGGAGAUCUCACACUUAAAGGAGCCACAGCUGUUCAUAUCGAAGAAGGAGAUGUUGAUAACUACACUAUCCAUGAUGUAGUGAUGCCGUUACCUGGAUUUGAUGUUAUUUAUCCAAAGCAUAAAAUUGGUGAGGCCUACAAGGAAAUGCUAGUAGCUGACAAUCUUGAUAUCAACAACAUGAGGCAUAAAAUCAGAGAUUAUUCACUUUCUGGAGCCUACAGAAAGAUUAUCAUUCGACCUCAGAAUGUCAACUGGGAGGUUGUUGCAUAUGAUGAUCCCAGAAUCCCGUUAUUUACUACGGAUUUGGAUAAGCUGGAAGGAAAACCAUUACCAGUUCUUCCUACAGAUGGUAAAUUCAGGGCACUAAAGAUGGAGUUCUCCCUUCCCCCAUCCACUUACGCUACCAUGGCGAUUCGAGAAGUUUUGAAAAUGGACACAAGCAUAAAAAACCAGACACAACUGAAUACUACCUGGUUACGCUGAGUAAACUGUAAAAAAGACUUAGAUUUUAACAUAUAUAAAGUGUUUUCCUAUUUACAUGUUCUGUACAAAUCUUUAAAGAUUGGUAGUAAGAGAUUUGUAUUUUUUUAAGUUUUUAUUAGUGAUGGCAUUUAACUUCAGUAGUCAUUUGCAAGAUGAUGGCUGUAUUAUAGAUCUUAGUGACUGGUGCUUUUUAAUGAAUGAGUUGCUUGAGCUGUAACAUGGGUGCAUCUUUAAGAAACAGGCUUAUAAUGGUUUUGGAGCUGGAGGAAUGUUUAGCUUGCUUUUUUUUUUUUUGGCAAGCACUGAAUGUUUUCAUGAGUUCAGCACACCUUGAAGUCUCUUGAAAUACAUUAAAUCACAGCUUAGGAAAAUGAGUUACAGCAAAAUUGAUGUAUCGAUGAACAUUUAUGUCGCAGGAGUUUUUGCUGGUAGCAUUUGCACCGAUGCGGUAGAGGACUCUGCUAGCAAGGCUUUUUACGUGCUGUACAGAUGCACAGCUGUUUUAAUUAGUUGGUCUUUUCAUCAAGAAAAUACUUGUGCGUAUUUUCCUGCGUUACUAAUACCUGUACCAAAGAACAGGUACCGAAAAUAAAUGAACCUAAAAGGCGAA